AUGGGGGUAGAUGUAGAAACCAUUACAGCUGGAGAUGGGGUUACUUUUCCUAAGCCUGGUCAAACUGUGGUGGUGCACUACACUGGAACACUAGAAAAUGGUACAAAGUUUGAUUCGUCGAGAGAUAGGGGACAGCCAUUCAAGUUUACGUUAGGAAGGGGCGAUGUUAUUCUAGGAUGGGACCAAGGAAUCUGCAGGUUUCAUAUAAGUACAUAA